CUGGUCACGAGGGCCGCGACGGCUCGCACUUCUCCCUGCCCUCCCUCCCCGAGGGUCCGCCGCGGCCGUGCCAGGCAGGAGCCAGGCAGGGAUGCUCCUGGCCUUCCCGGCGGCCCCAGGCCCAGCCACCUGCUCUCCGGGGAAGAGGACACACAAAGGAGCAGCUGGCACACCUGGAGUCUAACUGUGACCCAAGCAUGCAAGGCCCACCCUGCAGCCUCCUAGAUGAGCUCAGCCUGGAUGACUUCAUUCCCUACCACCUCCGGGCCUAUGUAGGGUCAUCCUCCCGGGGGACACGGGUGCCUGUGAUCCGGAAUGGUGGCUCCAACACCCUUAAUUUCCAGUUCCACGACCCUGCGCCCAGGACUGUGUGCAAUGGCUACACUCCACCAAGGAGAGAUGCUUCUCGGCACCCAGACCCUUCCUGGUAUCAGACUUGGCCAGGCCCUGGGAGCUGGCGCACUCCAAGUCCAAAGACCUCCGCUCCCCAGCAUGCCCAGAACUGGUCAGCCACGUGGACCAAGGAUAACAAAUGUCGGGACAAACGCUGGGUCAAGUACGAAGGAAUCGGGCCCGUGGAUGAAAGUGGCAUGCCCAUUGCCCCCCGAUCUAGUGUUGACAGUCCCAGAGACUGGUAUCGGAGAAUGUUCCAGCAGAUUCACCGGAAAAUGCCAGACCUGCAGCCAGACUGGACGUUGGAGGACCCACCCAAAGUGGUUUCCUCCUGUGCCACCUCCACAGACUCCAGGCAUCCGGGGCUCCAGCAAAAACCUGCCUCCAGGACCAGCCCCGCAGUGACUCCCCGAGGGACUCCCAGAGGAAGAAGCUGGGAGCACUCUGAAGAGACACCUAGAAGCACCUUCAACUAUAAACCUCGCUCCAGCAGCUCUCUACUCAAGCCGUGGUCACCCCCAUCCACACAGGUGCCUAGACGCCAAGAGAAGGUAGAGAAUGUCCGGACAGAAGACUCUCGGAACCAAUUUUUACAAGAACUAGAGACUGGGCAGAAGCCAAAGAAACCACUUGUGGACAAUCCUGUGGAGAAGCCUUCCCAGCCCAUUGAGGUCCUGCUGGAGAAAGAGCUUGCCAAGCUGAGCGCCGAGCUGGACAAGGACAUGCGGGCAAUUGAGACCCGGCUGCCGUCCCCAAAGAGCUCGCAGGCGCCGCGACGACGCACAGAGCAGCGGCCCCCGGCCCGCCCGGCCUCAGCCUGGAGGUCCAGCUCCCUGAAUGCACCUUACUCGGGGUCCUCCCGACCUCUAAGCCCCCACAGAAUGGCGGAUGGAGGAGGAAGUCCCUUCCUGGGUCGUAGGGAUUUUGUUUACCCAUCCUCAGCCCGAGACACUAGUGCCUCCAACAGAGGUGCCAGCCCAGUCAAGAAGGAAGAGAAGAAGAGGAAGGCCGCUCGGCUCAAGUUUGACUUCCAAGCACAGUCCCCCAAGGAGUUGACUCUGCAGAAAGGUGACAUUGUCUACAUCCAUAAGGAGGUGGACAAGAACUGGCUAGAGGGGGAGCACCAUGGCAGGCUGGGCAUCUUCCCUGCCAAUUAUGUGGAGGUGCUACCUGCAGAUGAGAUCCCCAAGCCCAUCAAGCCCCCCACCUACCAGGUGGUGGAGUAUGGAGAAGCUGUUGCCCAGUACACCUUCAAGGGGGACCUGGAGGUGGAGCUGUCCUUCCGAAAGGGGGAGCGCAUCUGUCUGAUCCGCAAGGUGAAUGAGAACUGGUACGAGGGGCGCAUCACAGGCACAGGGCGCCAGGGUAUCUUCCCUGCCAGCUAUGUGCAGGUGAGCCGUGAGCCCCGGCUCCGGGUCUCUGACGAUGGCCCCCAGCUCCCUGGGUCUCCCCGCCUAACCACUGCCGCCCGCCUGGCUCAUCACCCCAGCUCCCCAUCAGCGCUACGCAGCCCAGCUGAUCCCACGGACUGGGGAGGCCGGACCUCUCCCCGCCGCGCUGGCUUCUCCUUCCCUGCCGAGGAGCCCAGAUCCCAGACCCAGAGUCUUGGCACCUCUGAGCCAGCCCUGUCCCACCCUCGAAGCUCCAGCCGUCCCCUGGACCUGGGGGCCUCCUCCCCCAAAUCCCUGCAGAUACACUGGACCCCGUACCGGGCAAUGUACCAGUACAGGCCCCAGAACGAGGAUGAGCUGGAGCUGCGUGAAGGGGACCGGGUGGAUGUCAUGCAGCAGUGUGAUGAUGGCUGGUUUGUGGGUGUCUCCCGGAGGACCCAGAAAUUUGGGACAUUCCCUGGAAAUUACGUAGCCCCGGUGUGAGUGGUCUCUGUGGCAACUGGAGCCAACAAAGAUGAGGUGGAAGCAGUAGCACUUAUGGGGGGGGGAGCGAGGCCUCCUACAUACUCCUCCCCUAGGACUUGCGCUCCCAGCAUCUGCAGAGACCCCAGCAGCCUUUCCUCAGAGCCCCUUGGAAGUCCCCUGGACGCAUUCCCACUCGCAACUCACAGGCAUUCCUCUGACAACCCCUUCACCACCCCCCAAAUACAGACGUCUGCUUUGAAGUGGAGACUGUCUCCAGGCCUUAUUGAGAUCAGACCCGACCCUCCCCUUCCCCCCGACCACAUGGCAUUUCCUCUGACAGGGACUGGCUCCUGGCUUCACCCCCAUGGGGUUCUGCUAACAAGGACCAGCCCCCUACCCUGAUGGAGACCAAAGGCCUCCUGGGCCUGCAAGUCUCUUCCCCCUGCUCACCAGCUUGCUGCUGCCCCUUUGCCUUCUGCCCUCCAGCUGGGCCUGGGAGCGAGGUGGCGAUGGAUGCGUACCUUCUCAGCCUUCGAGGCCUAGUGAGAGGUCUUGCCUCAAGAUCUCCUCUUCCCAGAGGCUGCUGAGCCCUUCACCUGGACUCUGCACAUCCUCUGGGCCAUGGCACACAGCCGCUGGACUAGCUACACGACUUACAGGGAGAUAUGCUGUCCUCCUGCCUUCCAGCUCCCCUCAGUGCCCAGGUUCCUUCUGGAAGAGAAUGUAAAAUAAAUCUGGAUACCAGGGACCUUUU